AUGGCGCCCGCCGGCCUCGGGGCCGCCCUGGCCGUCGGACUGCAGCUCUGGGCCGCGGCGCUCGCCGUGCCCGCCCAGGUUUCAUUCACCCCCCCCUACGCCCCGGUGCCCGGAAGCUCUUGCCAGCAGAGAGAAUAUUAUGACAAGAACACCCAGAUGUGCUGCAGCAAGUGCCCGCCUGGCUAUCACGUGCAAUUCUACUGCACCACGACCUCAGAUACCAUUUGUGAACCCUGCAAGGACAACACCUACACCCAGCUCUGGAACUGGGUCCCUGAGUGCUUGAGCUGUAACUCUCGCUGCACUGGCCAGGGCCUGAUGGAGACUCAGGCCUGCACUCAGAAACAGAACCGCAUCUGCACCUGCGAGCCCGGCUGGUACUGCAUGCUGGAGCAGCAGCAGGGCUGCAUUGUGUGCGGCCCCUUUCGCAAGUGCCCCCCUGGCAAGGGCGUGGCCAAACCAGGAACUGCCAAGUCAGAUGUGGUCUGCGCUCCCUGCGGUCCAGGGACAUUCUCCGACACGGAGUCCUCCACAGACACUUGCAGGCCUCACCGGAGCUGUCGCUCCGUGGACAUCCCUGGCAACGCAAGUAGGGAUGCAGUCUGCAGAGGGGAGUCUGCUCCCUCCACCUCCAGAGGGACCCCAGCCUCAAGCCCCACAACUCCACCAGAGUCCAUGGCCUCCGGGCACAGGGAGCCAACGCCAGGGCCCAGCCUGGCUGCAGGCACCUCCCCGCUGCUCCCCCUGGGCCCCAGCGCCCCCGUGGAAGAGAUCAUCACAGACACCCUCUCUCUUCCCAUCGGACUGAUUGUGGGUGUGACAGCCUUGGGCCUGCUCCUCAUAGGGCUGGUGAACUGCACCAUCCUGACCCAGAAGAAAAAGAAGCCCUUCUGCCUGCAAGGAGAAGCCAAAGUGCCUCAUCUGCCUGCUGAUAAGGUCCGGAGCGCUCCGGGCCUGGAGCAGCAGCAUCUGCUGACCACGGCGCCCAGCUCCAGCAGCAGCUCCCUGGAGAGCUCGACCACCAGCACGGACAAGAGCCAUGUACAGGCCCCGGGCACGGAGAAGCACGAUGGGUCUGGGGAAGCCCGGGCCAGCUCCCGGGGCUCAGAGCCUUCACCUGGCGGCCACGGGACCCAAGUCAACGUUACCUGCAUCGUGAACGUUUGUAGUGGGUCUGACCACGGCUCUCAGUGCCCCUCGCAGGCUGGCUCCAUGGCGGGGAACCCGGAUGCCAGUCCUCCAGGCUCCCAGAAGGACGAGCGAGUUCCCUUCUCCAAGGAGGAAUGUGCUUUUCAGUCCCAGUCGGGGGCUCCGGAGACUUUGCUGCAGGACCUGGAGGAGAAGCCCCUGCCCCUCGGCGUGCCGGACGCCGGCAUGAAGCCCAGUUAGCCCAGCGGGCGCGGGCCACGCCACGGCCACGGCGGGCUGACCCCGACCACCCCGCGCAGGGACCUCAGCCAGGACUCUGCAUUCUUUCUGGGCCAGACUCCCCGAGUGGCCUCCACAGCCUCAUUAUCAGAGAGAAGAGAGGGGAACUUCUUCUGUCGCCAGUGCAGCUUUCGCAGGUGCUGGACACGGACGAGGUGUGCUGGGCUGCCCGCAGGAGCCCCUGCCUCUCCGAGAGCCACCUCCCAGCUGGUCCUGCGAGCUUGGCUUCUAGAGCCCUUCUUUUUGCGUGUUUUGUUUGUUUAUUUGUUUGAGCCCCUGGGCUCCUCAAGCUCGGGCUCCCUGGGAGGCCCUCACUUCCAGUCUCCUGGGGGUCCGCUGCCUGAGCCCCAUGGAGAGGGGCCCCUAGAGCAGGGCAGCACCUGAUCGCUGAGACUGCAGCCCAGUUCCAGCAGGUGGAGGUGUCAUCCAGCAGAUGGUGCUGUGCAGGGAGGGGGUGGCAGUCCCUGUAGCGGAUGGAUGUGUCCCAGGGGUGCUUAAGAUCUUGGGAACCACCACUUCCAAGUCUCCUUCUGUCCCAUCUUGUACCAGGUCUAGGCUCUAGUUUACCCACAGCUCGGGCCCCACUUCCCUCCUCCUUCCUCCCUCGGAGGCCAUACUCCUAUCAGGUAAUGUCAGGAGUUCGAGAUGACCCCAGCCAUCUCUCUACCUACCUCAGCCUGGCCCUUUCUCCUUUGACUCCCAAGAAGUGCUACUGUUCCCUCAACCCCCUCCCUCUGUUUCUGGAGUCCCAGGCCCCAGGGGAACCAAGGAGCCACUUGGCACUAAGCUCGCCGCAAUACCCAAUGGACCAAAGGUGCUGAGGGCAGGUCCCACGUCUGUGUCGCCCACGUCAUCGGAUUGAGUGGCCGGCCCUGGAGCAGCUAAAGCGGCAGUUUUUGCCAAGGGAUUCUUCCCCAUUUGCAAGUCAGACCACUUUGGAAAGUGGGCAAGUGUGGCCUUGACCAGAUUCUGGAAGGAAGGGCAUGGGGACUCCUUGAGAAGUCCAUUCGCUCACAGGUACUUGGAUCUCUUGUUGAAAAAUUCCGCUGGACUAGAACUUGCAGCUGAGCUUUGGGGGUGGAGAGCCCAGCGUCACAGUGGAGACAAGACUGCCUCCACCCUCCUCACCCCCAUCAGGAUGUCCAGCUGCUUGGGCUGACCAGUGUCUCCACCCACCGUGGAUCCUGCAGAGCGAUGGAGCGCAUCUGCCCCCUGGUGGCCCGUCGAUGGGAGGCCCGCAGGCCUCAUGGCCUCAGAGCAGCCGGCUCAGCAGGACGGCUGUGACCCAGGGGCCGAGGCACCCCAGCUUGUGUUGAUCGCAAGACACUGAGUUUGCACUGUAUAUCAGACAGAUUUCUGCUUAGUAGUAAUCCAUGUGAUCUAUGUUGGUCUUGGGGUCUGAGCUGGGGUUUGUUUAUGGUCCUGCCUGCCUGCUGCCACCAUGGAGGGGUCAGUGGGGCUUGUGGCCACUUGUCUCUGACAACUCCAGGCUGUGACUGGACCCCAGAAGCACCCCCAAGCCAGCUUCCCUUGCUGAGAGCCUGGUCGUUACCUCAGGCCUGUGAGCAGUGAGGUGACAGCGCAGAGGCAGAAAGCUUUUCCCUUCUUCCUUCUAGGUCAUUCAUCUAGCCUCAUGAUUUGAAGCAAGACAUUGUCAGUGUCAGGUAUUAAAUGUGCAGAACCCUCAAAUUUGCACUCUCUAAAGAGGUUCUGCCAUCUACUUUAUCUGCCAUAAAGAUAAAGCAUUCUCUUAGGAAGAAAAAAAAAGCUUUCCUAGAAAUAGUGUAUAAAGAGAAGAAAGGAUAAUAUUUAAUAGCUUCCCAAUAAAAUACCCAGUUACCCAUCCCCUUAUGGGUAAAUGCCCGAAGCAGGGCCACGGAGACCAGAAAGCUUGCCACACGUCUCAGGAAUCUUCUAGUGGGGACCCAUAGGAAAGGGCCAGAAGGGCCAGGUAAAUCUGGUAGGAAAAGAGCAAAAUCAAAGUACGAAUCAAGGUAAGGCUGCCAUUGUCAGCCUCCCCAUGGGUCUCUCACCCACGUCUCUUGCAAGUGUCUCCAUGUAUCUCAACUUCACAUGUCUCCUUCCGUGUCCCCCAAGUCCCUGGUGCAAAUCCACAGCCGAGAAGCCGAUACGCCCUCCUUCCUCACAUGUCCCUCUGCUCCAUGUGUCUCUUCCCCCUCUUAGGGGCUGCACGGAAUCUGGAACCUCCCCCUUUUAUGGAGAUGACACUGUGUAACAACUCCUGUGCUACUGAGUUGAGCUAGAAAAAUAAAUACAUUUAAUUUUGUAUAUACAAGAGCCCCAUUAAAAAACAUACGAGACUCGAAGACACUCAAGCAAUUAAGUUUCUAUCUCCUUCUGAACUAAAGAGAAAGGGGCAGGGGUCUGGGCUUCAAGGGGAAGAAGGUAACCCAUGGAAGAUGAGAAGAGCAAAUGUUUGGUGAGCAGAUGUUUCCCCGUGUGUAUGAGUCUUUCUAGAAUAAAAAUCUACCUCUGUGCAUAGCUCUCUUCCCGGUAAGGCAGUUAAGGGAGAUGUAAAAAGCUUUUCCUGUAUCUUCUGGGCCUUAAUUGUCUCCAGCUUACAACAGUCUACAUGCCAAAGUGGCACCUUUGAAGGGGAGGGAGUCUCUCCCUCAGCAGCUUUCUGUCCAGUACCAGGUAACUGACCUUUAAAUAUGCCCUCAUCACAUGCCCUGCCACCCCUCCCUCUUCAGCCUGCUCUUGGGGUCACCACAGCUUAUGCAGCCCCCUCCAGGAACAAGGGUUUGGCCUCCAGGGCCAUACCCAGGAUGCCCAUCCCUGGGAGCAACCUGCAGAUCAGGGCAGGGUUCUAAAGAGGGAGGCCAGUUCCUCUCUGAAUUGAUCCUAAGGCAGGAGCAGGAGUUUUCAGUAACAGAGGGUGGAGGAGCUUGCUGCAAAGGACGUUGUCACGUAAAGGCCUGGCUGGGGUUCUACCCUGAGCUACCUCUUUAGCAUAAGCUUAAGUAUGCUCAAAAGGGGCUCCUUCAGGAGAACAGGCCCCCAUUUCUUAGGAAAUCGCAAGGGUUCCUGUGUCAGGAGCCAGGGACAAAGACCAAAUCUGUUCUUUGUUUUACCACAAGUGUCACUGUAUGCCCGUCCGCUGUACACCAGCAGCAGCAGGUGCAUUUGGCCCGUGGUCAGUAAUAGCCCUAGACCUCACUACAGAUAAUCACAGCCAUAAUCUUCAUGUCCUGCAUCCUGCUGUCCUCACCCGCCACCCUUCCGUCUUUCUCCAUCACUAUGUCAACCUAAAAAUUCAGAAAGCUAUGAAAACAGCAAAGUGCCUUUAUUUGGGAUCAAAGCAUUGCAGUUUGGGAGACAGGUAGAUUGGGGUCAAAACCUAAAAUGUUUCCCCAGCGUGAUAAAGUUAGGGUGUUUUAUGGAAGGAAAAGAGGAAGAUGAGACGAGUGGUUAAACAAAAAGUUGAUUCAUAUUAACGGGCUUGCACUAUUCUUGGCUAUGCAUAGCUGGCUACGGAUUCUCCAGAAAGGAUAAAAAGGGAACUGACCUGUUCUCUCCUCCUGCUGAAAGUCCCCAACCAUCUGUCCUAGUGAUCUGAUGAUUUCUCAGGCAAUGUUCGCUUGACAGUGUCUUAAGACCAUUGCUUUGACCCACCAACUUGAGAUUGCAUGCAAGGGACACCACUGACCACAGUGUUUACGCUGGAGGGGACAAGGGGUGGUGGCCUCCGUGGCUUGCAGGGGACAGUUGUGAAAAGAACAUUAGCGCAGCCAUUGCAGAAAGAUGGGGCUUCUGCCUCCUUGGCCAGCACCUCUUCAUCUGGCCCCUGUGGCUCUUCUCCAGCCCCACUCAUUUUGCACCUCAUCCAGCUUCCAGGCUCUGAGUACCACGGAUGGACCCUGCCCGCUCCCAGGGUUUGAACAGCCACGUGUUUAUGUGAAAGUGGCGGGCAGAGGACUGAGGGAACACACAGUUAAUAGCAGGGGGAGCAAAUGCGUG